AUGGCCUCUCUUAGUGUCCUCGAGUACGAUACUGAGGGCCGCCCUAUCCAGUUCGACACCUGGCUUGUUGACCGACAGCUGUACCUGCUGAGCGAUUCUAGAGAGAAUGUCUCGCUAUUCGACUACGUGUCUGGAGCCUGUUCUGCCCCUCCCGACACAGCUGACAGUGCGACUCGCUCACAGUGGCUUACCCGUGACGCUGCUGCUCGCCUAGCCAUUCGCAACCACCUGCCGUUAGCUGAACGCGCUCACUUUGGCCAGCAUAAGACUGCAAAAGCCCUGUACGACGCUACAGUCGCUCGCUACUCUUCCCCUGCCACUGCAGCUCUCGGCCGCCUUAUACUGGCCUACCUGUUUCCCGAGCUGUUCUCCUUUGCCACAGUCGAGGAACUCAUUACCCACCUUCGCACUAGCGACGCUCUCUACCAUGCUGCCCUGCCAGCCGAGUUAGUCACCAAGAACGAACCCUCGAUCUACAUCACUCUCUACUUUAUAGUCACUCGCCUCCCUGACUCUCUUCGCGCAGUCAGGGACCACUUUCUCGCACUUGAUCACACCGACCUCACUAUCGACCUGCUCGAGAAGCACCUCCUUGCAGCUGAGACCAGCAUAGUCGCUUCGACUUCCUUGGUGCUGAGGAGGUCGGUGCUGCUUCUGCUCCUAGUGGGAAGCGCCGCAGCGGCAAGGGCAAGGGAGGCAAGAGUGGUGGGGGCGGCGGCGGCGGGGGGGGUGGUGGUGGAGGCGGUGGGGGCGGUGGAGGUGACGGAGGUGGCGGUGGGAGUGGUGGCGGGAGCGGGGGCGUCGGUGGCGGCGACGGUAGCGGCGACGGCGGUGGUGGUGGUAUUGGGGGUAGUGGUGGUGGUAGUGGCAGCAGUGGGAGUGGUGGCGGAGGCAGUGGCGGCGGAGGGAGUGGUGGCGGCCGCAAUGGUGGUGGUCGAGUUGGAGUCGGUGCAGCAGCAGCAGCAGCAGCAGCGUCAGCGUGGGACCCUCACGCCCCAGCAGCUCCGUGAGUGGUACGCUCAGCGUGGGGCGUCUGGGGGUAGUGCUCGCUGCCCGUACGUCAUUCGCACAGGUGACCGCGCUGGUCAGACGUGUGGGAAGUUUCACACCCAGUAUCGCUGUUUCUCCCGCCUAGACGAUGCUUGGCGCACUGAGUAUGGCGAAAAGGCUGAGAUGCCCCGCUGGGCAGAGCUGCUUAGGGCUGGUGUUGAUAUCUUUGCUCUUGACUAUGAUGCUAUACUUGCUGGCAUGUAUGCUAUGAUUACUAGUGCUGAGGGUGACUGCUACUUGUGUAUGCCGCCUGACCCAGGUAUAGAGGCUGCUGCUCUAGGUGCUAGUGAGUCUGCUCUCUCUGGUACUGCGCCUGCUGAGGCCUUGCACACCUUCACGCUUGACUCAGCGUGUGGCGAUCUGUACGUGCUCCCGGACUGGCCGUCACCUGGCCACGUUCACCCGUCUCUGCCUUCCCUCCCACCCUCGCCUGCCCCGCCCUGCGUUCCUUGCGUCGAGGGACGGCAGCGCGCCGCUCCUCACUCCUCCUCGUUUCCCCCGACGACUGCUCCUCUGCAGACCCUCCAGACGGACGUGUGGGGCCCAGCCCGCGUCAGUGGACAGGGCCGCGAGCGAUACUUUCUGCUGGUUGUUGAUGACUACUCGCGUUACACCACGGUCUUCCCCUUGCACAGCAAGGGGGAGGUCCCUGAUGUCUUGAUCCCUUGGAUCCGCGCUGUUCGUCUCCAACUCCGCGAGCGGUUCCGCACAAACCUUCGUGUCCUGCGUCUGCACUCUGACAGAGGCGGUGAGUUCUCCUCCGACCUCUUGCGGGACUUUUGUCGUGGGGAGGGCAUCGCCCAGUCGUUCACGCUUCCGGCCUCCCCGCAGCAGAAUGGGGUUGCCGAGCGCCGCAUUGGCUUAGUCAUGGAUCCCCGUGUCUCCUUGCCGGAGACCUCGCCCACACUGCAUUGGACGGGGGAGGUUGGCGAUGCGUCGGUGUUCCGGGUCUGGGGCUCUCGUGCCUUUGUCCGCGAUACCUCCGCGGACAAGCUCUCCUCUUGCGCCAUUCCCUGCGUCUUCCUUGGCUUUCCCACUGACGCGCCUGGCUGGCAGUUUUACCAUCCCACCUCGCGCCGUGUUUUGUCCUCUCAGGACGUCACGUUUGACGAGUCGGUUCCCAUUUACCGUCUCUUCCCCCACCUCGCUGCCCCUCUCCCCCCCCCGCCGCUCUUCCUCGCUCCAGGUCCCCCUCCGGUAGACCCCCUCCCCCCUCAGGGUCCUGCUCCUUCAGGUGUGUCUCAGGUAGACCCACUUCCCUUGGCUGAGCCUGUCGAGGUCACUGGUGACUCAGGUGCUGCUGCGGGUGGUGCUGCUCAGGGUGCUGCGUCUGGGGGUGCUGAGCCUGAGCGUGCGGAGCCUGGGGGUGCUGAGCCUGCGGGUGCGGAGCCUGGGGGUGCUGAGCCUGCGGGUGCGGAGCCUGGGGGUGCUGAGCCUAGGGGUGCUGCGUCUGGGGGUGCUGAGCUUGCCGGUGCUGAGUCUAGGGGUUCUGAGCCUGAGCGUACGGAGCCUGGGGGUGCUGAGCCUGUAUGUGCGGAGCCUGGGGUGCUGAGUCUGAGGGUCCUGUGCCUGGUGGUGCUGCGUCUGCUGGAGGUCCUCCGAGUGCCUCGCCGCAGCGGUCUAGCCAGCAAGAGCCUCUCUCACCUCAGCAGCUGCGCGAGUGUUUUGCUCGGCGCACACGUCUUCGGAGUCGCGCCGCUGGAGCUGGAGGCACUAGAGCUGGAGCUGCUGGCACUCGAGGAGCUGGAGCUGGUGACGCUGGAGCUGGAGGUGCUGACGCUCGAGGUGCUGGAGCUGGAGCCGCUGGAGCUGGAGGCGCUGGUGUUGCUGGCGCUGGUAACACUAGAGCUGGAGGUGCUGGCGCUGGAGGCGCUGGAGCUGGAGGCACUGAAGCUGGAGCCGCUGGCACUGGAGGAGCUGGAGAUGGUGACGCUGGAGCUGGAGGUGCUGGCGCUGGAGGCGCUGGAGUUGGAGCCGCUGGAGUUGGAGGCGCUGGUGCCGAGGGCACUGUGCAGCAGCGACCAGCGUCGUGAGCCUGCGUCUCGUCCUGCCUCCCCUGUUCGCCGUGCUCGUCGUGUCCCGCGUCCGCGUCCUCCUCCUGUGCCAGGUACUCACACUAUGGCACUUCGUCCUUCCUCUGCUCCGCAGCGUGUCCCUCUGCCGUCUCCUCCUACGUCCUCUCUUCCUAACAUUCCGGACCCUGAGUCUGACCGUGUUCGUGCUGCUAGUCCCACUGUUACGCGUCUCUUGGCCACUGUCGUCACUGACCCGUCGUUUGAGUCUACUGCUGCGUCUGCCUUAGUUGCUGAGCUUGUGGACUUUGCUGCUGCGUGUCGUCUAGACUACGCCGCCAGUUUUGUUGCUGAGUCUGAGUCUGUCUGUCCUCCGUCCGUUGGGGGUGAGUGUGCUCUUGGCACGGACGUCCUUGAGGACAGGCAGGAGGACUUUGACUGUCUUGCGGCUGCUGUACCUCAUCUCGUGGCCUGGCUGCUUGCACUUGAGGGAGACCCGGAUGCACUUGACAUCCCGACCCCGCGCUCUUACGCAGAGGCGAUUUCGGAUCCCUACUCCUCUCAGUGGCAGACAGCCAUGGACGCAAAGAUGGCAUCCUGGAAGUCCACAGGCACCUACGUCGAUGAGGUUCCCCCUCCUGGGGCGAACAUAGUCGAUGGCAUGUGGAUUUUCAGGGUGAAGCGACCGCCGGGUUCUUCGCCUGUCUUCAAGGCUCGUUACGUUGCACGAGGCUUCAGUCAGCGACAAAGAUUUGACUUCUUUCAGACCUUCUCCCCCACCCUGAAGAUGACCACUCUUCGGGUGCUGCUGCACGUUGCCGCUCAGCGUGACUACGAGCUUCACUCUCUUGACUUCAGCACAGCGUUCUUGCAGGGCAGCCUGCACGAGGAGAUCUGGCUACGUCGCCCACCUGGCUUCACUGGGUCGUUCCCUCCUGGUACCCAGUGGAGCCUCCGGCGGCCAGUCUACGGUCUCCGUCAGGCACCUCGUGAGUGGCACGACACACUGAGGGCGACACUUGCGGCUCUUGGGUUUGCUCCGUCCACUGCUGACCCGUCGCUGUUCCUGCGCACCGACACUUCCCUGCCGCCGUUCUACAUUCUCGUGUACAUCGACGACUUGGUCUUUGCUACUGCUGACACUGAGGGACUCGCCCUUGUGAAGUCGGAGCUGCAGAAGAGACACACGUGCACAGACCUGGGUGAGUUGCGCAGCUAUCUUGGCUUGCAGAUCACCCGGGACAGAGCACGCCGCACCAUUACCCUGACUCAGUCACACAUGGUGCAGCAGGUCCUUCAGCGCUUCGGCUUCCAGUUCUCCUCACCACAAUCCACUCCUCUGCCUACCGGUCACUCGCUCUCAGAUCCACCUUCGGACGAGUCCGUAGAGCCGAGUGGCCCAUAUCCAGAGCUUGUGGGCUGCCUCAUGUACCCGAUGACCUGCACGCGACCUGACCUUGCGUACCCUCUUAGCAUCCUGGCUCGCUACGUUGCACCUGGGAGACACAGGCGAGAGCACUGGGAGGCUGCUAAGAGGGUGCUACGCUACUUGUGCAGUACAUCGGGCAUGGGGCUGGUGCUUGGAGGACGGGGUCGAGUUGUCCUCACUGGACACUCAGACGCCUCUUGGGUUGACGACCUGGCUACGCAGCGGUCAUCACAGGGUUACAACUUUUAG